UCAACUCGGUAAUGAUCAGAGUCCCUUGAUCUUAUGUACUGGUGGGAUUAAUCCCUUGAAGCCCAAAGAUUAUUUAACAGAGGUAUACGAACCCAAUUUUGAUCAGUGGACAAUGGUCAAGCCAAUGCCUGAACCGCUGAUGGGUUGUGGUGCUACCUACCUAGAAGGUCUUGUUUAUGUUGCUGGAGAAGUGACUAAUUCAAAAACGAAUAAGAAUUUGUCGAUAGAUGUUGAUCAUGUAUUGUGUUAUGAUGCUGUAGAAGAUAGCUGGUACAAAAAACCGCCAUUACUACAGCGCCGUGCUUUCUGUGCCGCUAUUACUGUGAAGAGAGAAGUAUGGAUCUGGGGAGGUUUAUCAGGCCUUCAAGAAUCCGGGCAGCUAGACAGUAUUGAUACCGUAGACGUUUACAGUCCAAGAAAGUGUCUCUGGGAAACUAAGUUGUCAUUGUCAACACCUAAAGACGCUGUGGCAAUAGCUAAAGCAGGGUCCUAUGUUUAUGUCCUUGGCGGAAUGAAUAGCAAAGAAGAGGAAGCUUUGUCAGAGAAUGAUAUUUACGACCGUGAAAGGAACUUGUUAUUAGUUGGUUCUGCAUUACCAUUAGCCAUAGCAGGGGCUGCUGCAGUUGGUGUACCAGUGAAUUAUUUUGCUAAAAUUGGAAAUAAAUGGGUAACGCAAGAACCGGACGACAUAGUCAAGAACCAGGCAGCAGUAAAGAUACAAGCCGUUUUUCGAGGGCACCAUUCUAGAAGACAAUUAUUGAGUGGACGGCGUUAUAUUCACCAUGAUGAGAGACAAUCAGUUGGAAGGGCUUCUUCUCUCUUUGGAUAUCAUACACGAAGCUCACUAAAUAGGUUAAGAGAUGAUCAAUGUAAGCACCAGUGAACAUCCUUACAUGGCCUCCUAAUCCUGAAAUGGGUCGUUCAAGUUCUGUUUACAGUAUUGCAUCAACAUCUAUAUAUAAGAAAGGUUCCAGGAAUCGAAAUCCUCACUUCGUGGUUCUUCCGCCUCAGCUGGACUCCAACAUGGGGUUAUUAGUGCCACUAGAUGAACGCUGUAAGAG